AUCUGUUUUAUUACCUUCAGAAUGGAAAAUUUGUAAUGGUCGGUUAGUAUUGCAUGGUAUAGUAAAUCACGGUUCCGAGAAUAAUAGUUAAAACAUUACAAUAAUUAUUCGAAAUGAAUCCUUUGAUAUAUUCGAAAACUUUAACGAAUAAUCAUGGAAGAUUAAUUAGACAAUAUUGGUGUCUAAAAUCAUGGUAUAGUAGUAAUCAUACUAAUUCUAUUCCAAGUCUUAUAUGUAUAGAUUUAAAGAGAUCAACAUGCAAUCAAACUUCAACAGACCUUGUUCUAUUGGAUACUCAUUCAAAAAAUAUGAUGUAUCUACAAACUCGUUCAUUUUCGAGAUCUUUCAUAUACCAUGGUCAAGAACCAUCAUCUAAAAUUGAAGAAACUGUUAAAAAUAUCAAAGAACGAAAAGAAUUGAAAGAAAAAUCAAUCGAAAGUAAAUGUCAGCCUAUUGUUUCAUCGACUGAUAAAGCUUUAACAGAAAAGAAACCUCCAUUAUUGGAAAGAGUGAAAAAUGAAAUAUUACAUUAUUAUCAUGGCUUUCGAUUACUAGGAUUAGAUAUGAAAGUUUCUGCCAAAUUGAUUUGGAGAAUCUUACAGGGUAAAGAAUUAAGUAGAAGAGAACAUAGAUUGCUCGUUAAAACAACAGGAGACGUGUUUAGAUUAAUACCUUUCUCCGUAUUCAUCAUUGUACCAUUUAUGGAAUUCUUACUUCCCGUUGUAAUUAAAUUCUUUCCUGGUUUAUUGCCAUCAACAUUUCAAACAGCAGUUGAAAAGGAAGAUAAAUUGAAGCAAGCUUUAAAGGUUAAAAUUGAGAUGGCCAAAUUUUUACAACAAACGUUAGAUGAUAUGUCAUUACAAUCAUCUGAUCAUAAAUCUGAAAAAGCCAAAGAGUUUGCUGAAUUUUUUUAUAAAAUUAGAACAACCGGUAAUGUGGCGAGUAACGAAGAUAUCAUGAGAUUUAGUAAACUUUUCGAGGAUGAAAUUACUUUAGAUUCCUUAUCUCGACCACAAUUAAUUGCUUUAUGUAGAGUAUUGGACGUUCAAAGACUUGGUACUACAAACUUUUUACGUUUUCUACUUCGAAUGCGAUUAAGAAGUCUUGCUGCUGAUGAUAAGUUAAUUCAAAAAGAAGGUGUAGAUAGUUUAACGAGGAGUGAAUUACAACAAGCUUGCAGAGCACGUGCUAUGCGAGCAUAUGGAAUGCCAGAUGCUAAACUAAGAGAACAACUAUCGCAAUGGUUAGAUUUAAGUUUGAAUAUAAAAGUACCACCAAGUUUACUACUUCUAUCUCGAGCACUUAUGGUACCUGACACCAUUCCUAUGUCAGACAAAUUAAUAGCAACUAUAUCAGCAUUGCCUGAAACAGUGGUUGCACGUACUACAUGUGCCAUUGGAGAGAAAGAAGGAAAACUUGAUCUUAAAGCAAAUAUUGAAAUUAUUAAAAUGGAAGAACGUAAAAUUGAGGAAGAGAGAGAAGAACAAAAACAAAAAGAAAAGAAGGAAGCAGAACCAAUACCUAUUACUUUUAAAAAGGAAUCUAAAAAAGAUGAAAUUACAGCAACUGAUGUAAAAGUUAUUGAACAAGCCCUUGAAACACUGGACAAGGAUAAAAAGAAAAUGACUGUAGAAAAGGAAGAAUUGAAAGAGCUUAAGGAAGAGAUGGCAGAAUAUCAAGAGGAUGUUAAAGAAUUAUAUCAAAUAAAAGCUGAAGCAAAGGGUGAAGUUGAUGUUGACAAUAUUAAAAUAUCCAAAGGAGCUAACAGAUUAUUUAAUAAAAUUAACAAGAUGAUUCAGAAGGCUGAUGCAGUUUUAUUAGAACUAGAACAAUCAGAAAAACAAGUUAAAAAGAAAAUACAAUCUUUAAGUCCAGAAGAACAAAAGGAAUCUAAAACUGUUGAAGAAUUAGUCAAAAUAGAUGAACUUAUUGCAACUAUAAAACAAAUACAAAAUGUAUCAGAUCAACCUAAAAUCAAAAGAAUAGCUGAAAUAUUAAAACAAAUGGACGACGAUAAAGAUGGUGCUAUUAAACUUGAAAAUGUUUUAAAGAUUAUAGAACUUAUAGAAAAAGAAGAUGUGAAAUUAAAUAAAAAACAAUUAGAUGAACUAAUUGAAAUGAUGGAUAAGGAAGAAAUAUUAGAAGCAGAUGAGCAAAUUCAAAAAAUCUUACAAAAAGAAAGUCAAUGCUCGCAAGAAGUGCCUGUUCCACCAAUUUCACCAGUUCCUGCUACACCCGUUACAAAAGAAAAACCACUUGGAAAAGAAGAAUUAACAGAUGAUAUUUAUGAGCCUAAAAAAAAAUUUAAAAUUUCAACCAUUGAAACAAGUAGUACAGAAAAAUCAGCCGAAAUUUUAACAAGUAAUUCCAAAUCCAAUGUGGACAAUCCAUCAUUAACACCAGGUGUUCCACCUAAAACAAAACAAACAGAAGGUUCUAAACAACUAUGAUCAUCGCACAAUAAAAUAAUGAAUUAAUUUUAUUUUCAAAGUAAUUUUUUUUUUUUUUUUUUUUCAUU